CAACAAAAAAAAACAACUUUUCACAAUGUCUGGCGGCAAAUCUGGUGGCAAGUCUGCUUCUGCUCCCAAGAACUCGACCUCGCGCUCUUCUAAGGCCGGUCUUCAGUUCCCUGUUGGUCGUAUUCACCGUCAUCUCCGCAAGGGUAACUAUGCUCAGCGUGUUGGUGCUGGUGCCCCCGUCUACUUGGCUGCUGUCCUCGAGUAUCUUGCUGCUGAAAUUCUGGAGCUGGCUGGUAACGCUGCUCGCGACAACAAGAAGUCUCGUAUCAUUCCCCGUCACUUGCAACUCGCCAUCCGUAACGAUGAGGAAUUGAACAAGUUGCUCGGUCACGUCACCAUCGCCCAGGGUGGUGUCUUGCCCAACAUCCAUGACUCUCUCUUGCCCAAGAAGACCAAGAAGGGUGGUGUUGCUUCUCAGGAGCUGUAAAGAACAAAGAAAAGAAUCAGAAAAAAAGCACAGUACUCGGUUAAUCAGCAUUUGCCAAUAACUAUCUGUUUUUCUCAUUUCUUCAACUGUUUUUUUUAUUAUCGCCUUUUUUUUUCCGUUCUCUGAACUUGUAUUUCAUACCAAAACUCCUGCAACCCGCUUCAUAGUAACUAUUCUAUUUUCUUGCGGCUACCGCUGACGUGUAUCAUUAAAUGGAAAUUUAAAAAACAAGCCAUGCAUUGAUAAAUUAGGACUUGAUUAAUCAUGAGAUAUUGAAGAUCCAUAUCCUGAUUAAGUCUUUAAGAUCUCAUCAGGCUAUGGAAGGAACUAUAAAUAAGUGGAGACGUUACUGACGCAGGGUUGGCGGUG